AUGGGUUUCCCACUGAAUUUCAAGGAGACGGAUAUCUUCAGGGAGAUGACUAUGAGGUUGUUCUUAGCUUCCAUAUAUAGUUGGGCGGCCUCGGAUUCGGCGCAGCAUAACACUGCAGACUACGGAUUCUGGUCUGGAAUUCUGGGUAUGAAGGAAUUUGAGAAGGCCUUUGGCGUCUUCGACUCUGAGACCAACUCGUGGGCCAUGCCUUCAACCUGGCAAUCCAUAGGCAGUGCACCGCCAACGGCAGGUCUCGCCAUUGGUGCGCUCAUCUCUGGCUUUGUAGGCAGCAAAUUUGGUCGCCUUAACACCUUUCGUGGGUCGUCAAUCGUAUCCAUCGUCGGUAUUCUCAUCCAAAGUGCCACCAUCGACUCGUACUGGCAGAUUGUGGCGGGCCAGAUCAUUAACUCUAUGGCCCUGGGAGUCCUGGCAAAUCCCAUUCCCGCCUACCUGGCCGAGGUCGCACCGCUGUCAAUCAGGGGUACGCUCGUCAAUUGCUAUCAUUUCAUUAUCGGCGUCGGUGCGGUCCUCAUCAAUACUUGCAAAUGGAGCAUGCACGAGCGGGGGCAUACCGCACCACCAUUCUUCUCCAGUUCGUGGUGCCUAUGA